AUAUUCGUAGCGCCCAUCCCACCGAGCGCCACACGGCCGCCAGCCAGACGACGUUGUUGCCGUCGCCUCGCAUCCCAGUCCCAGCGAGCCGCCGCCCGGAGAGCAGAGACUGAGAAACAGAGAUCGCAUGGCGCGCUCCCUCGUCCUCGUGGCCACGCUCACCGCGGUCCUACUGGCGGCGGCGCCUCCUCCGACGCGGGCGGCGUGGGUGGAGUCGGACUACCCGUCGAGCGUGCCGUGCGGGGUGACCAUCCCCGUGGAGCAGUGCGACCCGGCGGUCACGGCGGCGAACGCCGCGUGCCGGGACAUGUGCCACUACGGGGGCCGGCGAGGCGGGCGGUGCGUGUCCCCGGGCCGGCUCGCGCUGGUGCAGGGAUGCCAUUGCAGGUGCUAGCUCGCCGGCCCGGGCGGCCGCCAACGCGCGUGACGUGACGGGCGGCGGCCGGGCCGGGGCAGGGGGGACGCAGUGCCUUCCCCGUGGGAAAUAACAGGCCUGCAUGACGGCGUGCGGAUAGCAGUGUGACCUAAUCGUAUCUAGCUCUGUUUGUUGAUGCUGUGAUCUGUUGACUUGGUACAAUGCUACAGCACGCAAUGUGUUUUGUCCUGCA